GGAAGAAGAGGAGGCGGCGCCCAGUCCUCCAGAGCAGGCCUCCUGGGGAGUCUCAUUUCCCCUUCAAAGGCCUGGAGAUCUGUUCUUGCUCUUAUCCUGUUCCUGGUGAGACGGAAUCCCUUGAAUCGCAAAGAGAAAGGCCAGGCCUGCUUUUGAGGGGAGGGAAUGUUUCCAAUCUGAAGGGGGUUGAAUCCCUGGAUACUGAGGGAGGAAAUGUGAUUGUUGGCUGAGAAUUUCGGAGUAGAGCCUGUUGAGGGAUUUCCCUUAAGAGAAGAGGGAGGAAGAGCAUCUUGGGUCCAGUUUGCUUCUUCAGUGGUUCCAACAUGGAGAGACACAACUCACCUGGAGCUGAAGCAGGACUUGGGAGCAGUGGGGCAUCCUGGGAAAAAACUACACAUAAGUUCCUGAGUGUUGACUUUUAUAGCUCAGACACACAGCGUAAGCGGUUCAGACACCUCUCCUACCAAGAAGGUGAAGGACCCAGAGAGGUUUGCAGCCACCUCCACGAUCUCUGCCGCCAGUGGCUGAAGCCAGAGCAACACACCAAGGCUGAGAUGCUGGACCUGGUGAUCCUGGAGCAGUUCCUGAGCCUCCUGCCCCCAGAGAUGGGGAGCUGGGUCCGAGAGUGUGGGGCAGAGACCUCUUCCCAGGCGGUGGCCCUGGCGGAAGGCUUCCUCCUGAGUCGGGCAGAGGACAAGAGGCAGGAAGAACAGGGCCAAAAUACCUGCAUUGAAGUCCACCCUGAUGUCUCUGAAUCAGAGAAACCUCCAUCAGACACCACUCAGAGCCUCCAACAGAAGGACCUCAGGCAGGAAGAAGAUGGGGCUGCAGCCUUGCAGGGAGGUGGAAUGAUGUUGUUUCCGAGUCCACAGUCGUUUCUUCCCCUUUGUGAUGGAAUGGAACUGAAUCAAGGCCCAAUCGCCUUUGAGGACGUGGCUGUCCAAUUCUCCCUGGAGGAGUGGGUUCUUCUGAAUCCUGAUCAGAAAGUCUUGCACAUGCAGAUCAUGGAGGAGAUUCGUGGGAUUGUGGACUCUCUUGCAGACAAUUGGAAAAAGAGCAAUGUAUGCACCAAAGGCAGGAAGCAUUUGGAACACAAAGGGGGUCUUCCUAGAUAUCAGCAAAACCACAGAGAAGAUGGAGAUUCUGCCAGAGAAAGGCUCUACACGUGCAGUGAAUGUGGGCAGUGUUUUACCCAAAAUAUGGCACUUAUGCUCCACAAGACACUCCAUGCUGGGAAAGGCCAACUUAAAUGGAACGAAUCAGGAAAAUGUGUUGAUGAAUACAAAUGGCCACAUCUGGGCCAAGAAGAAAUUUUUGAAGAAACUGAAGAUUUCAUUGGCUGGGAGUGUGGGAAAUAUUUUAUCCAGAGUUCACAGGAGUUUGGGAAGAGUUUUGCUUACAGUUCACACUUGAUGAAGCACGAAGGACUCCAAACAGGAGAGAAGCCAUACCAAUGUGAGGAGUGUGGGAAAUGUUUUCCUUACAGUUCAGAAUUGGUGAGGCACAAAAGGCUCCACACAGGAGAGAAACCAUACCAAUGUCAGGAGUGUGGGAAAUGUUUUGCCUAUAGUUCAGCCUUAGUGAGGCACAAAAGACUCCACACAGGAGAGAAGCCAUACCAGUGCCAGGAGUGUGGGAAAUAUUUUGCAUCCAGUUCAACCUUGGUGAAGCACAAAAGACUCCACACUGGAGAGAAGCCAUACCAGUGCCAGGAGUGUGGAAAAUGUUUUGUUUGCAAUUCACGAUUGGUGAGCCACAAAAUGCUGCAUACAGAAGAGAAACCAUACCAAUGCCAGGAGUGUGGGAAAUGUUUUGCUUCCAGUUCAGGCUUGGUGAAGCACAACAGACUCCAUACAGGAGAGAAGCCAUACCAAUGCCAGGAGUGUGGGAAAUUUUUUGCUGACAGUUCAGCCUUGGUGAGUCACAAAAGACUCCACACAGGAGAUAAGCCAUACCAAUGCCAGGAGUGUGGGAAACGGUUUGCUGAGAGUUCAACCUUGGUGAGCCACAAACGACGCCAUACAGGAGAGAAGCCAUACCAAUGCCAGGAGUGUGGGAAAUGUUUUGUUAACAGUUCAUGCUUGACGAGGCACAAAAGGCUUCACACUGGAGAGAAGCCAUACCAAUGCCAGGAAUGUGGGAAAUGUUUUACUCGGACUUCAUCCCUUAACAAGCACCAGCAAAUACACACAAUCGUAGGUAAACAUUUGAUUUCAAACAUGUCUGUUUGAGAAGUUGUACCAAAGAUUUGGUAGAGUUCCCUUUCUUGUCAUUUGAGUCCCUAAGUUGGAGGUCCUGUUCUCUGGAGCAGCAGAAUGGAAGCUCCCCCUGACAAUCUUUCAGAUGCUUAAAUAUUAUUUUUAUUUAUUUUAUUUAAAGUAUAUUCUACCCUUCUCACCCCAAAAGGGGACUCAGGGCAGAUCACAAUGUACAUAAACAUGGCAAACAUUCAAUGUCAUACAACAUUCAGACAGAGACAGAGACAAAGACACAGAGGCAUUUUAACAUUUUCCAGCUUCCGGCUUCAUGAGGGUAUGCUCGAUUCUGGCCACAGGGGAAGCAGCUGCUUCAUCUCCCACUGUGAUACUGAGUCCUUGAUGGAUUACUUCCUCAUUCCUUUCCGCUCAUGGCUGGAUGAUUUUUAUGAUGUUGUAAAUUAGUUAAAUUAUCCACCCCACAUAAGCGGUAUCUAAAUUUUCUACUUGAUAGAUGCAACUGUCUUUCGGAUUGCUUAGGUCAACAAUGAGCUGGGCUAUUUUUAAUAGUUGGGCGCUCAAUCCGAUGUGGGCUGGCUUUGAACUCAUGACCUCUUGGUCAGUAGUGAUUUAAGAUUGUCAUGUCCCCUCUUCUGGAACAAAAAACAUUUGUACUUCCAUCAAUUGUUCCUCUUGUUGGAAUUCAGCUCCACACUGCUCAAGUCUCUAGUCCUGAAAGAGGAACAAGUUAGUUAGCCUAGAUUAGGCUGAGGUUUCCCUUCUUCCCUGCCUCCUGUAUGGCAGUUGGAAUGUAACUCUUUCCUCUCUCCUGUUUCUACUCUCAUUAUGAUUGGUUGUGUAGAAUGGAUAUUUUUCUACUGCAAGUCUUUAUUUCUGACUUCUACUCUUCCAUCUUGGUGUGUGCUGUGUGAAUUGAGAACUCUCUCUGCGUGCGUGUCAGGAGACAUGGAGUGGUUGGUGUUUUUCCCCACUCUAUGAAACCUUAGAAGAGAUAGGUAUUAAGAGAAGUUCAGACCCAGUUUUUCACUAUGAAGAAAUGUAGUUAAUAUUUUUUUAAAAUGUAAAUUUUAAAAACUUUGUGAUUUUUAAAACCGGGACUCUGCAUUUUUGCCUGCCUAAGCUCUAAAACCUUUACAGCCACAUCACACGGCACUUCACGCUCUGCUUGCUGUGAGCUGAUUGCUCAACUUUUAGUAUCCUUUUUGGAUGCUCUGCUAUAUAUUUUGGGUAGUUUUCCCUAACACCUCUGAGCUUAGUUUCCAGCUCCUUUACUACCUUGAUUGUAAACAAACCUUUGUAAACAAACCUUUUGUGAUUUUUAAAGUCAGGACUCUGCAUUUUUGCUUGCCUAAGCUCUAAAUUCUUUGCAGCCACAUCACACGGCACUUCACGCUCUGCUUGCUGUGAGCUGAUUGCUCAACAUUUAGCAUCCCGUUUGUAUUUUGGAUGCUGUGAUAUAUAUUUUGGGGUAUUUUCCCCCAACACCUCUGAGCUUAGUUUCCAAUUCUUUUACCACCUUGGUUGCAAAGUUCCAGUUUGUGAAUUUUGUUUUUCAGCCAGGAUUCCAGAAUUGAACAAAGUGCUUCUGUUGAGGCCAAACCAAAGGAAAAGAUGUUUGCACUAUUAUUCCCCUUGAUGUACAAUUUGUAUCUCUGGCUAGAAUUUAAUGGUUGUUUUCUUGCUCCUGACACAUUGCUAAUCCAUAUUAAAUACAUUAAAAUAUUA